GGCCCUGUUCGCGGGGUCAGCUCGGGGCGCCGGACCCCGCUCUCGAUGGGAUAAGCUGUAAAGAUGUUUAGCUUUGAAGGGGAUUUCAAAACAAGGCCCAAGGUGUCUCUCGGAGGAGCGAGUAGGAAGGAAGAAAAGGCUUCUCUCCUGCAUCGCACUCAGGAGGAGCGGAGGAAACGAGAGGAAGAAAGGCGGAGACUGAAAAAUGCAAUAAUAAUCCAGUCGUUUGUAAGAGGGUACAGAGACAGAAAACAUCAGUAUUCCAUCCAAAGAAGUGAGUUUGAUCGCUGUGCUGAUUUGGCCCAAUCUGGAGGAACCUUUUCUACUGCCAAUGGAGCUAAUUUGACUCUUUUAGUUCGUCAGUUACUCUUUUUCUAUAGGCAGAAUGAGGAUUCUAAGCGUUUGGUAUGGAUGUGUCAGAAUUUAAUUAAACAGAGUUCUCAGUUCAUUAAACAAUUGGAUGGUCCAGACAGACUUACUUGCUUAUUCCAAAUAAAAAGACUGUUGGGGCUGUGUUGCAGGCUAUUGCAAAAUUGCAAUGACGACAGUCUGAAUGUUGCACUUCCUAUGAGAAUGCUUGAGGUAUUUUCAUCUGAGAAUACGUAUUUGCCUGUUUUACAAGAUGUCAGCUAUGUGACAUCAUUAAUUGAACAAAUUUUGCACUACAUGAUUCAAAAAGGCUACUACAAGUCGCUUUAUUUGUUAAUUAACAAUAAGCUUCCCUCGAGUAUUGAGUAUUCUGAUGUUUCUCGAGUCCCUAUUGCAAAAAUACUUCUGGAGAAUGUUCUGAAGCCAUUGCACUUUACAUAUAGCUCCUGUCCAGAAGGUGCAAGGCAGCAGAUUUUUGCAGCCUUCACAGAGGAGUUUCUGGCAGCACCUUUUACAGAUCAGAUAUUCCAUUUCAUCAUUCCAGCGCUCGCUGAUGUGCAGACUGUUUUCCCUUAUGAACUCUUUCUGAAUGCACUAUUAUUAACAGAAAGUGGAUCUUCCAGAAGAAGUGAUCAAGCCCCGUGGCUUUUUUACUUCGUGUUAACAGUUGGAGAAACCUAUUUGGGAUCCCUUUCAGAGGAAGGUCUUCUUGUGUAUUUGAGGGUACUCCAAACUUUUCUCUCUCAGCUGCCUGUGUCUACUGCUGGUACAAAUUGUCAAGAUGCAAACAGUGACUCUGAAGAUGAGGAUGAAGAGAUCAGUAAAAUGACAACUACACCAGGUGAUGGGAGAAUAUCAGUUCAGUACAUAACUGAGGAGUGUCUAAAGAAACUGGAUACAAAGCAACAGACAAACACUCUACUGAAUAUGGUUUGGAGAGAUUCAGCCAGUGAAGAAGUCUUUACCCUGAUGGCAUCAAUCUGCCACACGCUGAUGGUGCAACACCGAAUGAUGGUGCCAAAAGUCAGGCUUCUUUAUAGUUUAGCCUUUAAUGCCAGAUUCCUGAGGCAUCUCUGGUAUUUGAUAUCUUCAAUGACCACACGAAUGAUUACAGGGUCUAUGGUGCCACUCCUUCAAGUGAUUUCAAGAGGCUCUCCAAUGUCUUUAGAAGACUCCAGUCGAAUUAUCCCUCUCUUCUACCUUUUUAGUUCUUUGUUUAGUCAUUCACUUAUUUCUAUUCACGAUAAUGAAUUCUUUGGUGAUCCAAUAGAAGUUGUAGGUCAAAGACAAUCAUCAAUGAUGCCUUUUACACUAGAGGAACUUGUAAUAUUGUCACGCUGCCUUCGAGAUGCAUGCUUGGGAAUCAUCAAGUUGGCUUACCCAGAAACAAAACCAGAGGUUCGUGAGGAAUAUAUUGCAGCAUUUAGAAGUGUUGGAGUAACAAAAAAUACAGAAAUGCAGCAAUGUAUUCAGACGGAACAAAAAAGGUGGAUUCAGUUAUUCAAGGUCAUUACAAACUUAGUGAAAAUGUUGAAAUCCAGAGAUACAAGGAGAAAUUUCUGCCCACCAAAUCACUGGCUCUCAGAACAAGAAAACAUUAAAGCAGAUAAGGUUACACAACUGUAUGUGCCAUCUGCUAGACAUGUCUGGAGAGUCAGAAGAAUGGGAAGAAUAGGACCGUUGCAGUCUACUUUGGAUGUGGGUCUGGAACCAGCACCUCUUUCUGUAUCUGAAGAACGACAACUUGCAAUUCUGACAGAGCUACCUUUUGUAGUACCUUUUGAAGAAAGAGUGAAGAUUUUUCAAAGACUAAUCUAUGCUGAUAAGCAGGAAGUUCAAGGAGAUGGGCCAUUUUUGGAUGGCAUUAAUGUCACUAUCAGAAGAAAUUAUAUUUAUGAAGAUGCUUAUGAUAAACUUUCUCCUGAAAAUGAACCUGACCUAAAAAAGCGCAUCCGUGUUCACUUACUUAAUGCACAUGGUCUUGAUGAAGCUGGUAUUGAUGGUGGUGGAAUUUUCAGAGAAUUUCUGAAUGAACUACUUAAAUCAGGAUUUAACCCUAACCAGGGAUUUUUUAAGACCACCAAUGAGGGACUUCUUUACCCUAACCCUGCUGCACAGAUGCUUGUUGGAGACUCUUACGCCCGACAUUACUACUUCCUUGGAAGAAUGCUUGGAAAGGCUCUUUAUGAAAAUAUGCUCGUGGAGCUGCCAUUUGCCAGUUUUUUCCUCUCAAAAUUACUGGGGACAAGUGCUGAUGUUGAUAUUCAUCAUUUAGCUUCAUUAGAUCCAGAAAUGUACAAAAAUUUGCUUUUUCUCAAGAGCUAUGAAGGAGAUGUGGAAGAGCUUGGACUAAACUUCACUGUGGUAAAUAAUGACCUUGGGGAAGCACAGGUGGUUGAGCUGAAGCCGGGUGGAAAGGACAUUCCCGUGACCAGCGCCAACCGCAUCGCCUACAUCCACCUGGUGGCCGACUACAGGCUGAACAAGCAGAUCCGGCAGCACUGCCUCGCCUUCCGCCAGGGGCUGGCCAACGUGGUCAACCUGGAGUGGCUGCGCAUGUUCGACCAGCAGGAGAUACAGGUUCUCAUUUCUGGUGCCCAGGUUCCUAUUAGUUUGGAUGACCUUAAAUCUUUCACGAACUAUUCAGGUGGCUACACAGCAGACCAUCCUGUAAUUAGAAUAUUCUGGAGAGUUGUAGAAAGCUUCACUGAUGAAGAGAAACGCAAACUACUCAAGUUUGUCACAAGCUGCUCUCGACCACCUCUUCUGGGGUUUAAGGAGUUAUAUCCUGCAUUUUGUAUUCACAAUGGAGGAUCUGAUUUAGACAGGCUACCUACUGCCAGUACCUGCAUGAACUUGCUGAAGCUUCCUGAAUUUUAUGAUGAAAACCUUAUGCGAAGCAAGCUGCUUUAUGCCAUUGAAUGUGCUGCUGGAUUUGAAUUGAGCUGAGUGGAACUGAUGCUUGUUUGGAUGCUCUGCAGAGGAACUGAACCAGUGCCUACUCUAUAAGCAGCGCCCAUACCCGAGCAGUUGGAAGGGAAUUCUGUCUAGAGUUCUGCAGCUUUUGUGUCAAAUGCCCUCAAAUAGGUUUCACUUUUAAACACAAUUCCUUAGUUAACUUUCGUUAAUUAAUAUUACAUUGACACUGCUUUAUGAUUCAGAACAAUGAAUGCUGUGUGCAGUGUGGCUGUUUUCUGUGUUUAGGCGAAGAAAGAGCACAUUUAAAGAAGAGUGACAUCUCAGUGAAAUUAACCAAAGAAGCAGCUUUGGCUUUGUGCUGUUCAAACAUAAAUAAUUUCACAAACUGGCAAUAAAGUUGUGUACCGUGCAGUGCGUUGGGAUGAGACAGGGCUAGCAUCCUGUAAUUAAUCUUCUAGAUGGAAGUGAAGCAGAUGUUUCCAGAUACCCCAGAACUGAGAGGAUGAAUAUGCUCAUUUCCAAUAACCGGACUUCUUUACUUACAUUGUAGAAUUGUUUACAAUCAUAGUUGUUGCAGAACUGAUUUUGUUUUAUUCUACCUUCCCUCAAGAUGGUAGGCACUGAGAUAAAAUGUUUGUAAUAUUCUAUUUGUGCUUUCUGAAAUACCUUGGAGAAAUGGGAUUGACAUUAUUUUGGCAAUAUCACGUUAUUACUUUGGCUGCAUCAUUAUCACUUGAACGCUGUCAUGAAUGGAUGUGACUCUUCAGGCUUGCUCUGCUCUGUUUCUGUCCUUUGUGCCUGUACAGACUUUUUUUUUAAAAUGUAUCAGGCUCCUAUUGCAUACACAGUAAAAACGAAAGUCAUCACUUCGGAAAAAUAUACAUGUAAUGACUAUUAAAAUUGUUUGAAC